AUGGGGAAAAGAUGUGAAAAAUACCCACCUCAUCAAAGGCUUGCUCACGUCCUAGACAGCCUACUGCCCAUCUCCAGAGCUGGGGACCUCCACGAUCCUUUCAGAGUUGAGCUGUGCCACAGAUGCCGCUGUAGAAUAGUUCCCCCAUACCUCCUCCUCGGUGGAGAUGGGGCAGCAGCUGUUUGGGCAAUACUACUUGUUUGGAUCAAUGAACUCAGCAAUGUUCCUGUUCCUGUCAUGUUAAUGCCCGAUGACUUUAAAGCCUACAGUAAGAUUAAGGUGGACAAUCAUCUAUUCAACAAGGAAAACUUGCCAAGUCGCUUUAAAUUUAAGGAGUACUGUCCCCUGGUGUUCCGAAACCUACGGGAAAGAUUUGGGAUUGACGAUCAAGACUACCAGAACUCGGUGACACGAAGCGCCCCGGUGAACAGUGACAGCCAGGGCCGAUGCGGAGCCCGGUUCCUCACCACCUACGACAGGAGGUUUGUCAUUAAGGCAGUGUCAAGCGAAGAUGUAGCAGAGAUGCACAACAUCUUAAAGAAGUACCAUCAGUUCAUAGUCGAGUGUCAUGGGAACACCCUCCUGCCUCAGUUCCUGGGCAUGUACCGGCUCACCGUGGACGGGGUGGAAACCUACAUGGUGGUUACCAGGAAUGUAUUUAGUCACAGGCUGACUGUGCACCGGAAGUAUGACCUGAAGGGCUCAACAGUAUCCAGGGAGGCAAGUGAUAAAGAGAAGGCCAAGGAUCUGCCAACGUUCAAGGACAACGAUUUCUUGAAUGAGGGUCAGAAGCUGCAUGUUGGAGAAGAGAGUAAAAAGAACUUCCUUGAAAAGCUGAAGCGGGACGUGGAGUUUCUAGCUCAGCUGAAGAUCAUGGACUACAGCCUGCUGGUUGGGAUCCACGAUGUUGACCGGGCAGAGCAGGAAGAGAUGGAAGUAGAGGAUCGGGCAGAGGAUGAUGAAUGUGAGAACGACGGUCUCAGUGGUAACCCCGUUUCAUCCUACGGCACACCCCCCGACAGCCCAGGCAACCUCCUCAACUACCCUCGCUUCUUUGGGCCUGGAGAGUUUGAUCCUUCUGUCGACGUCUAUGCUAUGAAAAGCCACGAAAGUGCUCCCAAGAAGGAAGUGUACUUCAUGGCCAUUAUAGACAUUCUUACGCCAUAUGAUGCGAAGAAGAAAGCUGCACAUGCUGCCAAAACAGUGAAACAUGGGGCUGGGGCAGAGAUCUCCACCGUGAACCCAGAGCAGUACUCUAAACGCUUCAAUGAAUUUAUGUCCAAUAUCCUGACAUAGUCGUCUUCAGCCUUCAGCGAGAAAUGAAGAGAAGAGGGGCUACUUCCAAACAGAGAAUGCAGCCUGUGACACUAAAACAGACACUGUAGCAGCAUGUGGGGUGUGCGUGUGUGUGCGUAUGCGUGUGUGAGAGCAAGAAUGAGUGUGUGGCACUGUGUGACUUAAAAGAAAACUAAUUCUAGGUGCACCCUCCAACAGUCCACUUGACCCAGGUGGAAAAGUGGGUUUUUAUGUUACAGAAGUGCCCAGAUAUAGAUUUGAGGGCUUUUUAAAACAAGAAAAGUGCAUUGUUUCAGCACUGCUCUUUCUAAUGACAUUUUUCUCCUCUCUGAUCAAGAGAAUCCUGUAGGGAUAUGAUACGUGGCACUGUAUAAAAGGGGUCACUCUAGAUCAUGUUCAGUGAGAGUGAAGCAGUGCCUGAUUCCACAAACUACUCUUUGUUUUUUUUUUUUUUUUUUGGACUGUCUUUAGCAGAAAGAUGUACAAGCCCUUGUAUUUCCGUUUUGGUAGGAAUUGGAAGGAAAAUUGCUCACUGUUUCGAGGAUGGAAAAUAUUACUCUGAUGAGGAGGAGUUGCUGAACUGUUAACUAGGUAAAUUCAGACUGGGACACUUUAUAUUUUUGGGUUAAUUUAAGUAAAGAAAACGUUUUUUGUAACUGCACUUGAUUUACAAGAAAGAUGAGGGAAAUGAACAUCUACCAAAGAUGAUCAUGUAAAAAGGUGUAACUCCUAGAGCCUAAAAAAUCAGUAUGAGAAGUAGUAGAGACCUUAAACAGCCUCAGAAAAUAAUGUGCUCAGCCCCAUCAUGCUGUCAAUUGGCUAGCUGUGAAGACUUCAUAAAAGAAAAAAAUUGCGUUUUGUACCUAUAGAUUUGGGAUAGUAUUUGACUAUCUGGAACGUGUUCCUGUCACACCUCAGUCAGGAAGUGCCGUGUCUCUUAGAUUACAGCUUCACAUCACAGUUCUGCCAGUGUUAAUCUAGCUAAUGUUUGUCUUCCUAACUCGCCCAGUCUGCAACAGGUACUUGAAUUUGUUUCCUGACAGAGGUUCUUUGGCUAGUUGGUUUAUUUUUUAAAAGGCAAUGCGACUUGCACGCGAAGCAAUUGGACUCGCUACCGGUGAGGAGUGCUGGAGCUGUGACUGUGGAGCGAGUUCCGCUGCUCAAGAGGACUCUGGACUUGAGCUGUGAUUGUUUUUACUCUUCUCUGCUCCGUACCCCUCUCUAGAGCGACAGUCGAGGAGCGGAAAUGUUUGAACACUUGCGCCAGAUUAUUUUUUCCCCCUAAGGAAUUGGAACUGAUUUACGUGACUGAAUAACGUCCUGUUUUGUCUCCAGAACGCUUGUAAUAUUUUUCACAGCCAAGCUUAUCAGACUUGCUUUGGGUUUCAUUAGCUCUGCUGCGCAACAGUUACAGACCUUUUUGGUUCUUUAUUUAAUUUUCUUUUUAAGCAGGAUUUAGCGUUUUGAACAAACCUUUUGCAAUUGAAACAUGUUGCUUAUUUGCCUUGAAACUGUUUUCACAUAUGCCUUUGUUUCGGGAAUAAGCUGUUUCGAAUGUCUGUCCUGUGCUGUAACGCGUGCUACAGUUUGCUGUGUGGAAUUUGGUCCUUUUGAGAGAUAACUGGUGCUCAUCACAUCCUGGUAAUUUCCCUAGACUAACACUAGCUCUGGUCUGGAUUCUGAAUGUGGGCUUGGGUUUUUUAUGUUCGCACCCACGUUCUUGAUGUGAAUCCCACAGGUCUCAGCUUUGAAGGGGACGGAAGGGGGGCUACAGUUUCAGCCCGUAAGAGUGCACUGUAAAUAGAGUCUUUAAGAAGUCAAAAUGUAAUAUUAGGGGUCGUAAUGGGAUAUGAAUCUUUUUUUCAUUCAUGGAUCAUUCCCUUUGACACGGGACAAAUGUCUUCUGCCACUGUAGUCCAGUCCCUAUUCUGUGUAACGUGGGGGCUAACACACCGUUGUCUGAGAGUCUAGAGAGUCUCGUGUCUUAAGGUGUGUAGCUGGAAAAGCCACAAAA